CAGUGAACUUUAAAAUAUAAAUAAAAAAGACUAGUAAAAAUAAUAGCGUGUAUAAUGCCUCGAAUAAGUUCUAGUCUUGCGUGGGAUUUUUUUCAAAAACUCAACAAAGAAAAAGCAAAAUGCAAUAUUUGUGGUCAAGAAUACAGCUUCAAAACUACGACUGCGAAUUUAAAAACUCAUUUGAAGCGUAAACAUCGGCAUGCGUAUUCAAAUUUUUGUAUCGUGAAGUCAACGGCGAGGAACCCAGAACUGACUCGCAGCUCUUCAGUGGAGAAAGAUGAGUUUGAGGUGGAGGCGCUAGAAUCUGAAGAUGAUGAUGAUGAUGAUCCUCUUGUCAACAUGUGUAACACAGACGAGGAUGAGGAAAAACCGGCGUCGUUUCUCGAACCUCGGCCGAACAACCAACAUGACAACUUCGAGACACUAACAUCACCCAAGACCGUCCCCACCUGUAUUAAAACAGAGGAAUACCUCGUCUCCGAGUCGGUGCACACUAAUCAUAGAACAGGCUACGACGAAUAUGACCACUUUGGUCUAAUGUUAACGUCCAAAAUAAGAAAAAUAAAGAAUGUUGGCACUAGAGAAGAGCUUAUGAACGCCAUUCAAAAUUUAGCCUACAAAUUUUAUUUGAGAGAUAUGAAGAAUAACAGCAAAUAGUUAUCAUUCAUUUUAUAUGAUCUAGUUUUAGGAAACUUGUGAUUGUGAGUGUGACUGGUGGGCCUAAAUUGCUGACAGCGUGGGCUAUGGAGAAGUUGAAAAUAACUCUUAUGAACUGGAUGUUUACUGGGUUUCAGAAUUAUUAGACAAAUAAAUCAGCAUCUCAAGGUAGAAGUGACAACAAAUUAUUUACAAGAAAAAAAUUAUAUAGCGCAAAUGUUUGAUAUACUGUUAUGUUAAAAGUUAUCAAUCCGUUGUGCUGAGUAAAGUAAAACAACUUAAGGACGACUAAAUAUUCUAUAAGUAAUUAAGAGAUACUUACUUGAUAUUUUAAAGAAAACCAAGUUAGUUUCAAGAAGUUUAGUUCAUAAAACUGUUUAUCUCUCUUUUUUAGGGUUCCAUCCCAAGGGGUAAAAAUGGGACCAUA